AAUUUCCUUAAUGGGGGCCCAUUUGGGAAUGGGAGCCUAGGUGCUUCAUUCAAAAGGGUUUUAUUUUAUUUUUAUUUAUUUUUUAAAAUAAUAGGUAGAAAUGGACAAGGCAUAGUGCUAAUCAAAGAGGCUACAACUGUACACACAACACUCACAUGGUAGAUGCUCCUAGAGAGAGAGAAAGAGACAUGUUUUAGAGAGAGAAAGGGUGUGUGUUUCCUUUUGUGUUUGCCAUCUGUUACAGUGUGGUAGCAUUGUUGGGUUUUCCGGAGCUCUUGUUAUUUCUGGUGGGGUUUAGGUCUGAAAUGAAGCCAAGCAAGUUUGCAAUUCCUGCCUUCUGCGAUUUUCAGGAACCCUAAUUCUGAUUCUAAAGCCUUUACCAGGAGAUUUUAUUUGUAUUAAUUGGGGACUGCAUAAUGAAGUUUGUCAGCCAGUAAUUUAUGGCUGAAGAAAUGGCUUCUUCAUAAGUUGGUUUACAAUAUGGCAAAGUAGCUUUUUGUAAUGGUGCCAAUAUGUAGACCUGCAAUAGAAAUUGUAUGGUGAACCUGCACUUGUCAGUAGAGAUGUUGAUCAACACUGAAAUAGACGAUUUAUGUGAAGAUAACUUUGAAGGGUCUAAUGAAGAAAGACAGAUUUUUUCAGAUGUCUUUUCUGGUAAUUUUCAGUCUAGUCAGAAGUGUCUUGUUUCUGGAGCUAUCAGCUUUGAACAUGAAUCCACUAAAAGCACGCUUAAAUCAUUCUGCUCUAGUAAUGAAAACUCAGUUGUAUUGCAUCCCUCAUCUUCAAAAUUUACACCCACUGAGGACUUUAAUGUAAUUCAGCAUUCCAAAGAGACUGCUCUGGGGUGUGUGCCAGAGAGUUACAUUUGUGAAGACCAGAAUGACGAGGAUGUGAAUGUCAAACGAAUGAAAUUUUCUCUGCAUGAACUUGCUUGUAGUAGGUCUGAUUCAGAAAAAAAUUUGAGUUCAUCACGACUUUCAAAAUUAGUUGUUUCUGACGUGUCUCAUGCUGCUACAGACUGUGAUAGUGAACCAAUUGCAUUUCAUUUAGUUGAAUCAUCUAAACAUGGUGUGAUAUCAAGUUAUCUAUUGAAUAAUGACUUGUUCAAUAAAGAAGCUACUAAGGAUGAAGUAGAUGUUACAAAUUUUAACUCAACAAUUGCAGAUGGAAAUGUUGCAAAAGAGGGGUCUAUAAGUAAAGCUGUUGCUUCUCCUGUUUCCCAAGAGAGCUUUGCAAACAGGCUUGUAGUUACAAGUCCCUCAACCGCUGUUGUGAAGAAGUCAGGGUCUCCUUUAAAUCCUGAUGAAAUGCCAGAAUCUUUUAAUGUGGAUAUCUCAAACUCAUUUUCAAAGCUAGAGGAAGAGGACCCUCGUACUAUACUGCAGAUUCAUGUUGUGCAGUUGCUUAGGAUGGCAGGAUGGUCUAUUGAGAAACGUAAACGACCUAGUAGGCGUUACAUGGAGUCGGUUUAUAGGACACCAGAAGGAAAGCCUGUUCGGGAGUUUACAAAAGCUUGGAGAUUAUGCGGUCAGCUAUUGUCUGUUGAAAAAUGCAAUUUAAAGUUCAGAGAUUAUAAGGAAUGGACUGAUAUUAGUCAAUUCUGGUCUGAUCUAUCCAAUGCACUGAUAAAUGUUGAAAAAACAAAGUCCCGGUCAGAAGACCCUGCUGUUAUAUUGGCUUAUCAAUGGUGGCUUUUGGAUCCUUUUGUGGUAGUUAUAUUUGUUGAUAGAAAGAUUGGUGUGCUGAAAAAGGGAGAGGUAGUGAAAGCAAGUUGGAGUUUAGUUUCUAGCAAGUAUAAGGUGGCAUGUGCUCCCAUUGAUUCAGGCCCUGGAAAUUCAAAUCUGGUACCUGCAGGGUCUAAAAGUGUUGAUAAUCAGAGCUCAGGAAAUUAUCUGGAAACAAAUAAAAAUAUCGAUGGAGAUGUGUCAAUGGACAUGUCAGCGGAAAAUAAUGCAUAUGGUGUGAGCCAUGACCUGGUUCAUUCUCGUGACUCAAGGGGUAUGCAACAGUCUGAAUGUAGUGAGGAAGAGGGUGUGAAAAUCUCAGUAGAUUCUGUAUUUGGGAAAGGUAACACAUAUUCUGCUUCUAAUGUUAUUCCUAAAAAGAAAAUGCGGAGGAAGUGCAAAAGGGUAUCUGAAAUCAAACUGAGUAUGUUCUACCAUAGUGGCAUGAUGGGCUCAACUGUUACUGACCUGGUGCAGUUGCCAAAUGAUGAAGCAUGUGGAUUGGAGGAGAUCCAAGAUUAUGUAGUUGACAAUGCGGGAAAGAAAAGAAACUGCAGAAAGUUGUCAUCUGUUAGUGCAUUCCAGAGAAAUAUUAGGAAAACAAACUGCUCCAUAACUGGAACAGAUAAGUCUAACAGAUGCAAGAUUAAAGACGAUGAUUUAUUGGUGUCGGCAAUAUUCAGGAACAAGGACUUCAGCCCAAAGACAAUUCGGAGUAAUUCUAGAGCUAAAUCCUGCAAAUCAAGGAGCCAGAGAAAGCUUAAAAGCCAAAAGGGCCGUUGCAGGUUGUUACCAAGGAACCCCUGUAAUGGAGGGAAGUACAAUAAGGACUGCAAUAGGUUUUAUUUGGGUACAAGGACAAUAUUAUCCUGGUUGAUUGAGAAUGGGGUCAUAUCUUUAAAUGAUGUGAUUCAAUACCGAAAUCCUAAGGAUAAUGUUGUCAUUAAGGAUGGUAGGAUCACCAAAGAUGGUAUUAUUUGUACAUGUUGUGAUAAGGUGCUUACAUUAUCAGAGUUCAAGUUUCAUGCUGGGUUUACUCUGAAUCGCCCUUGCUUGAAUAUUUUCAUGGAGUCUGGCGAGCCGUUUACACUGUGCCUCCUUCAAGCUUGGUCAGCUGAAUACAAAGCCAGGAAAAGCCAGAAUCAAGCAGUGCAUGCUGAUGAUAAUGAUAAAAAUGAUGAUUCUUGUGGGUUGUGCGGUGAGGGGGGUGAGCUGAUAUGUUGUGAUAACUGUCCGUCUACUUUUCACCUAGCUUGUUUGUCCACUAAGGAGAUUCCAGAUGGCAACUGGUACUGCCCAAACUGCACUUGUAGGAUAUGUGGAAAUUUGGUCAUUGAUAAAGACACUUCAGAUGCGCAUGAUUCAUUACAAUGUUCACAGUGUGAACAUAAAUAUCAUGAGAAAUGCCUGCAAGAUAGAGAUAAACAAGAAGGAGCAGUUUCAGACACUUGGUUUUGUGGUCAAAGUUGUCAGGAGGUGUACACUGGACUCCAAUCUCAGGUGGGGUUAGUUAAUCAAGUUGCUGAUGGCACCUCAUGGAUGCUUCUUAGAUGCAUCCAUGAUGACCAAAAGGUUCAUUCUGCACAGUGGUUUGCCCUAAAGGCAGUAUGCAAUACAAAAUUAGCUGUUGCUCUUACUAUAAUGGAGGAGUGUUUUGUGUCAAUGUUUGAUCCAAGAACUGGCAUCCACAUGAUACCUCAAGUUUUAUACAACUGGGGGUCUGAGUUUGCUCGACUGAAUUUUCAAGGGUUUUACACUGUGGUAUUGGAGAAACAGGAUGUGCUAAUAUCUGCAGCAUCUAUCAGGGUGCACGGAACUACAGUAGCAGAGAUGCCUCUAAUUGCAACUUGUAGUCAGUAUCGUCGCCAGGGAAUGUGCCGACUCCUUGUGAAUGCUAUUCAACAGAUGUUAAUAUCUGUCAAGGUGGAAAAGCUUGUUAUAUCCGCCAUUCCAGAUUUGGUAGAGACAUGGACUAAGGGAUUUGGAUUCACACUUGUUGAUGACAUUGAAAGGCAAAGAUUGAAUAAAAUUAAUUUGAUGGUUUUUCCUGGGACAGUAUUACUUGAAAAACCCUUACAUGGGAAGGAGAAAAUUGAAGCUGAAACAGGAGUAUGUGAUCCAACUCAAGCAACAGAUGAAUCUAUCAAAGCAGGUAUCUGUUCUGAAGGAAUGAACAUAACUGAAUCAUCACCACAAGAUGUUGGAAACAUAACUACCAACAAAGUUGACAUAAAGUCAGAACAAGAACCUGUGGAGGGUAAUAAUCAAUCAGACUAUAAGGCUGGAAGUGAAACCAGUAGAGAUGAUAAUACACAAGCUAUUGACACUGCAUUAGAAGCCAAAGAAUCAACAGAAAUAGGUAGCUGUUUUAAAGAAGAGAAGAUCACCCAGCUGACAGUGUCAAGUGGCUCAGAGAAAUCUAUUGAAGAAAACGAUGUGCUGGAAUUGAGAACAAGUGAUUCAGUACAGAAAUCUAGUGAGAAUUGUUGUGCUAACAAAGAUGGUGCUGAACCAGGUAUAAGAAUUGUUGAGGACAAGAAGAUGAAAGUAGGUGAAGGUCAGGAAAAUGCUUUGCAGGGUCAUUUUUCAAAUUUGUCCUGCAAAACAUUUUUAGGCAACAAUUUUGACACGGAUUCCAAUAUUGAAUGCUCAGUGAUGUAUGAUGAAACAACCUUUUUUGGAACAUUUGCAAAGUCUGCAAGCUGAAUCAAAGUUGAAAGAAAGUAGAUGUUUAGACUUUAGAGAGAUGUGUGAUGCUCAUAACAAACUUGUAGGGUAUCUUAGGAAACUAACUGCUAAAUAUGGAAACAAAAAGUGGGCUCAAGACAACCAGUUAGGUAAGUUAAAAUUGUGACACUAUGUAACUAGGGACCAGUGUAUAGCAUAUGAGAUGAAGGCAAACAAAAUGAUUAUGGCCUUGCCUUAGUUGGUGGUAAGGAAGAUGAGAUGUCAAAGGAGGUUUUGCUACAACAUAAGCAUCGUUGGGAUGCUCAAAUCACUUUAUUUGUGCACCUACCCAUUAUUCCUUGUGAUUGAUGAAGAGGAUGAAUAGCAAAGAAAAAUAAAAGAACAGAAGAAAAAGGAAAAAGAACUAAAUGAAUUU